CAGGGAGAGAGCCGGUGCCGCGGGGAGCAACAGUUCCCUUGAAUCAAAGUGUUGUCUGGAGAAGCUGGUCGCAUCCCGAGCAAUGACUGGGUUAAACUAAGCAGCCGGGGGGUUGUAUUUAUGUUUAGUGGGAGGAGGAGAUGUGAAGUCUGGAUCUGAUCGCUUGCUUUUUAAUCUGUGGAACUGGUCGGAGCUGUGUUGGUUGAGGCUGGUGGUGUUUUUUUUGAGGCGGUGUCUCCCUUGCACGCUGUUGCCGUCUGACCACCCUCUCUCUACACAUCUCCCCAUCAAACUUAGUGGCGAACUGCAGAGACAUUAAGGGGCUGCCUUCUCAUCGGCCACAAGGAAUAGAGGUCCCUGCUUGUCGUGAUGGAUUCAGAAGCUCUGGGAGCAAGAAGCUUCCCGAUGUUACCCACGUUCACUCCAUAGGCAAGUAGCCAAGUCUCGGGGGGCAAAGUGGUACUAUCGAGGGGGAGGAGUGGCCUGCUGGUGAGACCCUGGCAGCUGAUGCCAAGUCAACGGUGACCCUGGCAUCCUGAUGACAAGCGCACGGUCUCGUCUUCACAUUUAGAAGGAGCUGACCGUAAAUCAGGCGGCGAAAGGCGCGGGCGAUGGACGAUGCCGCCGCCAUGAAUGACGUGUCCACGGUGGACGAUGAGCUGUUGGCGUCCACCGCCACCUACCUUGCCGGAGACUCCGCCUACUCAGUCCCCAUGGGAGCCGAGCAGAAAACUGUCUUUGUCUUUGUCAUUUUCCUCCUCAUUUUCUUGAUCAUCCUGGUGGUGCGAUGUUUCCGGAUAUUGCUGGACCCCUACAGCAGGAUGCCGGCCUCCUCCUGGUUGGACGGCAAGGAUGGGCUGGAGAGGGGUCAGUUUGACUACGCCUUGGUGUGAGGCCGGGAGUGAGAAGCUGCUGUAGACCUCGCUCUGCCGCCCGCUCACCCUACUAUCUCCUCUCCUGUAUAUUUUUUAAGAGGCGUUCUACGCUGUACAGUAUAAUAAUAGACAAUAGACGAUAGCUGCAGGAGUAGGCCAUUCAGCCCUUCGAGCCAUUCGAUGUGAUCAUGGCUUAUCAUCCCCAAUUCAUCUGUCACAUGUACCGAGGUACAGCAGUAGUACACUGAGGCAAACAGUAGACAAUAGACAAAUAGGUGCAGGAGUAGGCCAAUCGGCCCUUCGAGCCAGCACCACCAUUCAAUGUGAUCAUGGCUGAUCAUCCCCAAUUCAUCUGUCACAUGUACAGUAUCACCAUACAUAAGCACUUAGAUACAUCUUAGAUAAGUAUCUCAGAUACAAUACAAGUGUACAGCAGUAGUACACUGAGGCCAACAAUAGAUAAUAGACAAAUAGGUGCAGGAGUAGGACAUUCGGCCCUUCGAGCCAGCACCGCCAUUCAAUGUGAUCAUGGCUGAUCAUCCCCAAUCAGCACCCCGUUCCUCCCAGUUCGCCAUAUCUCCCUGACUCCGCUAUCUCUAAGAGCCCUAUCUAGCUCUCUCUUGAAAGUAUCCAGAGAACUGGCCUCAA